AUGAGACUGAAUGGCUUCCUUUCAUGUGAGGCCUGCUUUGAAGAGGUAAUCCUAGGCACAGCCUUCCAUCAAAACUGGGCAUCCUACGACUCAACUCAAGCCGAGGACGAUGUUUGGGCGUGCGAUAUCUGCAUUCCCUACAUCGGUCGGAUCUUGAUCAACUACUCCUUGACUCGUACCUGGGAAGACUGGAUCCAGUCGACUAUUAAAUACCUAAAUCUCCCAAGGUGCGAGAAAGAACUGGCUGUUUCCCCAUUUUCUCGAAAAUGGGUGCGCUUAUCCGGCGGACGCGUAUCCAACCUCAAAAUCUGCGAGAAAUGCUUCGAUGAGAAUUUGGCAUCCACACCACUUGGCUAUGAAUUCGAAUUCAUUACUGUAGAACCAAUUACCAAGGGACCGAACUGGAUAGAGGUGGCACUCGGCCAUCGCAUACAAGAACCCGAACCCUGGCUCUGCAGCGUGACGAACAACUUCCCUCUGGCUGCGGCCAUGUCCAUGGCUAAAGACCUGAGAAACAUCGAUGCUCUUGUCAGAGCAGCAAAGACUAUCCUAGCGAACGCCCCUUGUACUGAGAAAGGAACCUCCCGAGAUACGUGGUACACCUUAACUGGCGGCAAUGCCCCCGAGGACUUCAGAAUCUGCCCGGCUUGUCACGCGGCGUGGGUCAGCCCUCUUAAGCUUGAUCGAUUCUAUGAGGUAGCAAGAGGCGUAGACCCUACAAAGCCGUUUGUCUGUAGUCUUCAUCCCUCAAAUCCGCGAUGGACGGAGCAUAUUAAUCGGUGGCAGGAGGCUCUUGAGACGGGUGUCUGGUCAAGAUUUUCCAACUGGGUCCGCACGUUCGCCGAUGUUCCACCCUGCGCAGGAGAUGGACAGAUUACGAACGCCAAGUGGUACGGCUGGGACGACUGCACCAUCUGCCCAGAGUGCUGGGUGACCUUCUGCAAAGACGCACAUCCCGCCGCCUCCAGUCUGCCAAUGGAUUAUCACAAACAGAUCGUGCCAGACACCAGGAUGUGCUGCAUGUACUCCUCGCGCAUGCGACAGAAGUGGGUGGAAGCCUGUGAAGUCGGCAACGCAGGUAGGCUUGUGGAGUUCUCUAGGACGAGAAUCCAGAUGUACAUCCAGACGGUUGUGGAGAUCCGGCGGCUGAGAGUGGUACACGAGAUGCAGGUCGUGCAGUCCUUGAAUGCCGGCACCCAGAGCGCCGUAUGGGGCAAUAUGCAGAGCGCCAGGGUGCUUUUUGGUACGACUGACGGGUAUGAACCCGGGAAUAGCACGCUGGGAUGGCAUGUGACGACCGAGGGGGUCACAAGUGCAGCGUACCAGCGUGAGAUGAAUGGUCUCAGGGACCAGUCUUGGGGGACUCUGAUCCAGAUUGAGCAUUUGCAGAACCAGUGGCAGAUGUUUGAGUGA